UCUCACAAGCCAAGGCACUGGGGCUUCCUGCAUUUCAGCAGGAGCGUGCUGAACCAGCCCACAUCGUACCGUCCCAGGCUGCUGCUGGCGGGGCGUCCUGGGUCAGGUCAGAGCAGUCACCUGGCCCCUGCCGUGCUCCAUGCCCUGGAGAAGUUCACAGUUUACACCCUGGACAUGGCCGUGCUGUUCGGAGUCAGCACCACCUCUCCAGAGGAGGCCUGCGCUCAGAUGUUCUGUGAGGCCAAGAGGACGUCCCCCAGUAUCCUUUAUAUCCCUCACAUCCAGCGGUGGUGGGACACGGUGGGGUCUGCUCUCAGAGCUACCUUCCUCAGCUUGUUACAGGACAUCCCCUCAUUCUCACCCAUCCUGCUGCUGGCCACCUGUAAUGUCCCCCACAGCAGCCUCUUCCCUGAGGUCCAGGACCUGUUCUGUGCUGAGUAUGGAGAGGUGCUCCAGGUUCAGGUCCCAACCCCACAGGAGAGAAGGAACUUCUUUGACGAUCUCAUCCUAAACCAGGCUGCCAAAGCUCCUGCAUCCCAGAAGAAAGCAGUGCUUGCAGCCCUGGAGGUGCUUCCUGUUGCUCCCCCUCUUCCCCCAAGGAUGCUGACAGAAAAGGAGCAGCAGCGAUUGGAGGAGCAGGAGGAAGACACUCUCAGGGAGCUCCGCCUCUUCCUGCGUGAUGUCACCAACCGCCUCUCUCAGGACAAACGCUUCAAGGCCUUCACCAAGCCUGUCGACCUGGAGGAGGUACCUGACUAUGCUACAGUUAUAGAGCAGCCAAUGGACCUGUCCACUGUCCUCUCCAACAUCGACACUCACAAGUACGUGACUGUGAAGGAGUUUGUCCACGACGUGGAUCUCAUCUGGAAGAACUGUCUGGAAUACAACCCUGACAAAGAUCCUUCAGAUCGUCAGAUCCGCCACAGAGCCUGUGCUCUGAAGGACACUGUUCAGGCCAUCGUCAAAGACGAACUGGAUGAAGACUUUGAGAAGAUCUGCGAGGAUAUCAAGGAGUCCCGCAGCACAAGAGGUUGCUCCACUUCAAGGUUCGCUCCAUCCUACUAUCACGUUCAUCCCAAGACCAGAGCAGUGGAUGCCAAGAGCACCGAUGCAGCAGGCCCCUCUAAAGAGUCUACCGCUGCUGCUCCCUCAGCUGUGACCACGCCACGCCCUUCAGCUCAGAAGAAGAAGCGCAGGAAGAGCCGCUGGUGCAACGGCAUCAUCAGGAAAAGGUCCUCUCCUCACACUUCUAAAGACCACUCUGCUGUGGUGGAGUCUGGAGAGGAAGAAGAGGAGAGGAGAGGGGCAGAGAGUGAGGAGGAGGAGGAGGGGGGUGAUGCUGCAGCAGAGUCAGGCCUGGAGGAGCUGGAGAUCACUGGGGCUGAGGAGACCCCCAUGGAGCAGGAGGAACCAGCCCAACAGGAGAACCAGGACAGACAGCCCAUGGAGAAAGACACUAAGGACAGCCAGACCACGGAGGAGGCUAGCCAGGCUACAACGGAGGCUACCCAGCCCAGGGUGGAGGAAGCUGUGGAGGCUAGGGCUGGAGACCAGAGCAGUGAGGGCACCCAGGACCCUGUAGUGGUGGUUGGAGCCCAGGGAAACCACUUCUUACCAGAAGGGGGAGAUAAUGGGCAGGUGUCCUCUACAGACAAAACUGAGCCUCAGAGAGUGGAAGUGGACGAAGAGAAUACCACAGUAGGAGUGAGGCGUGUGACGCGGGGCUUGAAGUACCAGGGGAUGCAGCAGGUGAUGGAUGUUGACCAGGAGAUACUGGACCAGAAGACACAGCCCCCUGUGGUUGAUCACAACAAACUAAAGGAGCUGCUUCAGAGAGCGGUGUCUAAGACUGAGGGAUAUGAGGUCUAUCAACUGGAGAAGCUAUACGCCUUGUUAUGUCAGAGUAUCUACAGACAUCGCAAAGACUACGACAAGACUGCCCUGCUGAAGGAAAUUGAAAAUGAAAUUGAAGAUUUUUCAUAAUGAGUUUUAUAAAAUAAAGAUGUAGCUAGUCAUGGAUUGCACGUAUUUCCCGUUGUCUAAAUGUAUAAAGAACAAGUCUAGAACUAUAUUUUGAUAGAAAUAUACAGAUGUGUAUUUCCUAACAACUUGUAUACUGGUGCUUUUAUUUAAUUAAAGUGUUUUUUUUUACAA